UAGACGUUUUUAUCAAGAGACGGAUUACACAACUUGGUAUGGAUGAAACCCACGGUCACAACAUUGGCGCAGCCGAGUCUUCUGAUAUAAGUGGUAAAUCGAACAUGACUGAACACGAGCUACUGAAGGAAAUAAAAGCUCUCCGAAACGAGAAUAGAAAAUUGAAAACGAAGAUAAGCCACGCAGAUCCGAAUGAAACUAAUGAUGUCGAAUUACUGGUACAGCAGCCAGAAGCUACACAACAUGUCCGCUAUAGCAGAGCUCGCAUCGAUACGUCAUCGCCAGUAAUGUCUGGGAUUUCACCGGCCUCCAUGAGCGGGAUGCCAAUCAACGCAUUGGGUAUUCCGGAAUGUCUUCCUUCGGAUGGAGAAACGGAGAUAGAUAGAAAAUCUUAUGAGCACUGGAAGCAAAUCAUGGAAGCAUCUUUGGAUUUAAUGAAGUCAACUGAUGAAAAGACUAGGAUGGGUAUUUUUAAAAUAAAAGCUGGUGCAAAGUUGUUAGAAGUGUAUGAAAGUACAGCAACCCGACCUGGAAUGCCGGAUGAGAAAAUGGAACCGUAUUCCAAUGCCCUUGCACGAUUAAACGAGUAUUUUGGUUCAAGAACGUAUAUACUAUCACAAAGAAGCAAGUUAAUCAAUAUGGUACAAAGAAGGAUGAAAAUUGUGUUCAGUUUGUAA